GAAGAGUACCAUGGCGAAAGGUGGCUCCGAGAUGUCCGCUGUUGACAUGGCAGAGUUUGCCAUAGAAGCGGCGCUGCUACAAGGUUGCCAGCCACACAGCAGCGGCGACCUGGAAGUGGCGAUACCAUGUCGAUGCUAUGGCAGAGGCCUAACUCGUGCAGACUUUACCAACGUUAGAUGGCCAGCUGCAAUGCUGGCAGCUGCAGCCCGCCCCAGUAAGGUCAGGAAAGUAAGGACGGUGGAACAGCGCCCAGCAGAUACCGCUAAGAAGGAGUUGUCACCUGUCCAUAAGGAGCCAAAGUUAUGCUCCCGUGGAAGAGGACAGUUGAUGAGCAGGUCGGCAGCUGAAUAUGAUAUGAUCCAGAGCCGGAGGUUGUCAAGGUCAAGUGGCAAGAUAUCAAACAGACUUGGUAGCAUAGCUAGUGAGGAGGAAAAUGAUGUCUCGAGGGUGGUAACUGGCUUACCCAAGGGAUAUGUUUGCCAUAACUGCAAUGUCCCAGAACAUCACAUCCAGGACUGUCCAUCUGGUCAUAUACCUAAAGGCUAUGUCUGUCGAGAAUGUAAUUUACCAGGCCACCUCAUCCAAGACUGUCCGUCAAGUGUUUUAGCCGAGGGAUAUAUCUGCCAUAAGUGUAACAAGCCAGGUCAUCGUAUUGAAGACUGUCCGUCGGGUCGUGCACCAAAGGGGGCAAGUAAUGUACCAGGACAUCACAUCCAGGACUGCCCAACAAAAACAGGGAAGACAGAAAAAGACCGACGUUCAGAGAAAUCAGACUGGCGAGCUCAAUCCCCUAAAAGAAGUGUGAGUCCAGUGAACAGUGUGCCGUCAAGGGAAUCUAGUCAACCGCCCUUCCAUAGUAGUGCAAGAAUGAGUACUCCUAGUCCACCGAUCCAGCCACUCUCUUCCGCGUUAGACUUUUUCCGUCCUGAAUGGUUAGAAAAACAGAAUGAUAAACAGUUAAGGAAUCAAAAGCAGACGUUUGACAUCAAUGUGAAUAUCUCCAAAACAAAAACUUCUGGUUUUGGUAUGAAUGAUGUGAACAGGACUCCAAAAUCUUCAGCAUUUAGUCAACAAUCAUGGGAGGAUUCUGACAAACAGUUUUCAAAAUCCAACAUGGAUUCGGGUUUCCACAUUAGCUCCCAUGACGAUGCUGAUUUGUUCAUGAAAUUUGGUGGCUUUAAGCCUGUGGUGAAGAAAGAAUUUAACUUAGAAACGGAGGAGUUUCCAGGUCUUGCCGCUGCCCCAAUGCCUGAACAAAACAAAGGAGAAGGUCAGCGGCAAGGGAGGAGAUUACCAGAGAAGAAACCCAAGGGUAAGAAAGUCAAGAUGGUGUCUUAUAACUUGAAGGAGAAUAGUCCCAGUAAGCAGCCGUGUGGAGUCAAGACUCUACCUCAGCCGGCCACGUAUUCGCACGCCGUGCAGACACCCAAGGAUUGCCAGUUGAUGGUGCAGGGUCUCCCUGUUGAUUGUGUCAAGAGCGAGGUGUUAAAUCUGAUGGAGCCCUACGGUCAGGUGGUCUACAUCAACAUGCAGAAGGAUCACUCGGGAUAUGCAUCUGCUAUUGUGGGCCUUGACUCUCCUGAGAAGGUUGAGUGGGUGAUUGAUUGUCUGAGCGGAGCGGAGUCAUUAUUCAACGGUGUAGAUGUCCCACUAUUGUGUUACAAAGUCAAGUGAAUCAACCGCGUCGCUGCAUCUUUGUGCUUUUGGUGCUAAGGGCCUGCUUGUUGAAAACAAGAGAGACUUCUCAACAUAAAUUUAACAUGGCAUGUAGGUCUAAUCUAUCAACUUAAACGUCAAUUGCAUCUAGAAUCUUACAGAAUACAGUGUACCCAUAAAAUAUUCUGACAUGAAAUUGAUCAGGCAUUUGAAUCGGCCAUUCAAGCGGCAAAUGUCCAGUUGGUCGAUUGGCAUCAAUCGAGAAAAAUGCCGGGGUCCCCAACUUAGAGUUUUCUCAUUCAACAAAUUUCAUUAACAAUAGUAGCAGUUGGGAAUAAUCCCAAUGUUAUAGCUUAUGUAUGCUGAAAUUUCUCUUGUAGGUUUUCCAUUAAAAAAUAGCUUAUUUGUGACUUUUAUUGUCGAAAAUCAAGAUUAUUCAUGAAAUCGGCCAAAAAUAAAAAGGCUGCGAAAACUUGGUGGUUUACAGUAUUACAUGCACUAUGUUUUGUUCUGCAGUAGAAUGUCCCACAACAUUAAGCUUGAUCCAUUUCUGCUCUGGACAGGUGCAUUUUGUUCUUCUACUAUUGUAUAUAACGCUUAUUAUGUGAUGUCUGUCGUGGAUUAGGACUCCAUGAUAUCGUUAUUUGCAAAUGUGGAAUGGAUUGAUGAGAAUGAGGAUUCUGCUGAGAAAGACUUCAGUCAGUCUGUCAUCAGAAGUUCAAUGUUGCACACCCUUGUGUCUCAGUUCCCCAAUCAGAUACUUGAGGGGCCGUAUGCGCAUUUAAAUUUCUUCAGGAAGGUUGUCGUUUUGGAUUUUUGGUACAAGCACUGACCCCCCCUCCUUAAAUUUGCUGAGUGGAGGGACCGGGCCUCAUGUAUAAGAGUGAAGAACGGGAGAUUAAAAAAUCUGCUAGGAUUUAUUCUUCAGCGGAUUUAGGUGAGGAACACCACUAUCCCACUCUAUACAGAAUUAGUGUGCAACUUUUCUGAUGACUGCCACUUUUCAGAACUCCACCAUCAAAGAAGAAGCUAUAUAUUGUUCAAUCCAGCAUAUUUAUUCUGGAACACGGUUCUCCCUGUCAUGUUCAAAUACUCAUAAUUUGCUCUUUUUACAAAUGUAAAUUAUUUGCGGUUCAAUCUUUUCUUGUACAUGUUUAUCAUUGUCUUUCAUUUGUUGACUUGUAUUUAUUGAGACAAUUGAACAGAACACUGUUAUUUAAAACAGCCUGAACUAAACAGAAAUUAUUGUUGGGGAGCUCUCGAACCGCUUAGUUGAAAGGACGCAAAAUUAUAAUUUAAUAAAACCACAGAAUGAAAUUGGUGUGAAAAUUGUUGGGUUACAUUAACAGUAGGCCCAGAACAUAGUGGAGGUUUAUAGCAAUCAAUGGUGUCUCAAGUUUUUCCACUUUUUUGUAAACUGGGAAGUCUUGAGUCAACAAUCUGUAGGAUUUCAGUCAAGAUUACCAAACCACAAAAUGAAAUUGGUGUGAAAAUUGUUGGGUUACGUUAACAGUAGGCCCAGAACAUUGUGGAGGUUUAUUGCAAUCAAUGGUGACUCGAGUUUUUCCACUUUUUUGUAAACUGGGAAGUCUUGAGUCGGCGAUCUGUAGGAUUUCAGUCAAGAUUACCAAACCACAAAAUGAAAUUGGUGUGAAAAUUGUUGGGUUACGUUAACAGUAGGCCCAGAACAUUGUGGAGGUUUAUAGCAAUCAAUGGUGACUCGUGUUUUUCCACUUUUUUGUGAACUGGGAAGUCAUGAGUCAACAAUCUGUAGGAUUUCAGUCAAGAUUACCAAACUACAAAACAUAGGAAGCUCAUGAAAAAAUUAGAGUUUACAGCAGUGGCACGUGAAAUUAAGAGCUCAGUAGGCCCCAGUCGACUGACAAACCCCCCCCCCCCCCCACUGACAACACACUUAUUUUCAUGUGCCUGUGUUUACAGUAGUCUAGAAGGACUGAUCUUUCUCCUUCUCAUUUUAGUAUGGUUGAUGCAUCCGGCCUCUGUGGAUCCUCUUACUAACUCAUCGCUACGUAUUGUACUCACCAUCGGCAUUGCAAUAGUACAGUUCGCCGAUCCUCACAGUUUACACUGGAUAAUACG